AUGCCCGCCUUGCACGGACAAACACUGCUGCGUCUCUCGCAAGCACUGCGCAGCGUGACGCGGGCCCGGAUAAGUCCAAUCCCUCGUUCUCACCUUCGGCCCUCAUGCGCCCUGCGAGCACUCUCGACUUCGCGAUGGCUUCUCGAAGAGUACACCGUCAGGGUACCUCCAAUGGCGGAGUCUAUCAGUGAGGGCACUCUGUCGCAAUUUCUCAAGGCCGUCGGUGAACAUGUUGAAAUGGACGAGGAGAUUGCUACAAUCGAGACAGACAAGAUUGAUGUCUCUGUCAACGCGCCUAAAGCCGGUGUACUCACCAAGCUCUUGGUGCAAGAAGGCGAUGUUGUCACUCUUGAGCAAGGCCUCGCUAUCGUUGAUACCGACGGCACUCCCGAUCCAGAUACUCAAUCCAAACCGUUGGCAAGCCCUGGUACACCAAUUGAGAGCGAGAAACCACCACCUACCGCCGAGGGGCCAGCUUCGAAUGAGACGCAGAACACAAGCUCCGUCUCGACUCCUCAAGCUAUUGUUCCUCCUCCGACCCUUGAGAAACAAGAAGACGUAGUUCCUGCUCCUGCUCCCUCCCAGAGCGUACAAAGAGUGGCUAGCCCCGCGUAUACCACACGAGAUGGAAGUCCCAAGCCACCUAGGCUCGAACGAGUUGAAAAACUCUCUCGAAUGCGAAAGACGAUUGCGACUCGUCUUAAGGAAUCUCAGAACAGGUGCGCAUCCCUGACGACGGUCCAGAGAGUGGACAUGAGCGCACUGAUGAAGUGGCGCUCAAAAUACAAGGAGUCCGUCGCCAAGGUUCACGACGUCCGGCUGGGAUACAUGGGAGCCUUCGCAAAGGCUACAUCUUUGGCCGCCCAGCAAGUUCCUCAGGUCAACGCGAGCAUCGACACCGACCGUGAGAUAAUCACAUAUCGCGACUACGUCGACAUCAGCAUCGCGGUUUCUACCCCCAAGGGGCUUGUCACACCCGUGAUUCGCAAUUGUGAAUCCAAGAGCAUCAUCGAGCUCGAGAGGGAUGUUGGCGCUAUGGCGAAAAAGGCACGCGAUGGUAAACUGACAUUGGCUGACCUGGAGGGUGGCAACUACUCCAUCAGCAAUCCGGGCAUCUUCGGCUCCAUGUUUGGAACUCCGUUGAUCAACUACCCUCAGGCCGCCGUCUUCAACAUGAACUCGAUCAAAGAGGAUGUCGUGGCGAUCAACGGGAAAGUGGAAAUUAGACCUAUGAUGUACAUCACUAUCACCUACGACCAUCGUUUGAUUGACGGUAGAGAGGCGGUCACGUUCCUCAAUCUUGUAAAGGGAUAUAUUGAAGAUCCUAGCACUGCUGGAGAAGCUCAAGUUCUUACUUACAAUAGGCCAGAAAAUGUGAUCCCAGAAGGCGGAUCAAGCAGAUAUCUCGAUGAAAUGUACCAAGAGUGGGCUAAAUCACCUGAAUCUGUUCACGAGUCUUGGCAAGAGUACUUCCAGGCCGUAGGGCAAGCAACCAGGCAUUCAACAGAACCGCAGUCUGCUCUACAGAAUCAUGUCUUCUCUGGACAGCAGUCAGAGGAAGUCCUGGAUCACUUGAAAGUCCAGCAAAUCGUUCGCGCCUACCAAUCGCGUGGCCAUUACCUUGCAAACACUGAUCCGCUGGGCAUUCGAAAAGACGCAGAGAGGAUCAGGCCAAAUGCUCCCAAGUCCGAGGCACCAAAUGAGCUGGAUUAUUCGUACUACGGCUUCAGCGAGGCUGAUCUUGACCGCAAUUUCAGUCUGGGACCUGGCAUCCUGCCUAGAUUCGCAGAUGAGACACGCAAGUCAAUGACCCUGCGAGAAAUCAUUGCCGCGUGUGAGAACAUCUACUGCGGAAGCUAUGGAGUAGAAUAUCUGCAUAUCCCUGACCGAGCCAAGUGUGAAUGGCUUCGCAACAGGUUGGAGGUUCCCCGUGCCAUCGAUUUCACCCCUGAGCAGAAGGAGAAUAUCUUGGAUAGCCUGCUGCUAGGUACUACUCUCGAGCGUUUCCUCGCCACCAAGUUCCCCAAUGAGAAGCGAUUUGGUCUCGAUGGUGCCGAGUCAUUGGCCCCAGCAGUGAAGACCAUCAUUGAUCAUUGUGCUGACGUCCACGGCGUCGAAAGCAUCGUUCUGGGGAGCUGCCAUCGAGGGCGCUUGACCAUGCUAGGUACAGUGUACGGGAAGCCCAGAGAGAAGUUGUUCGCGGAAUUCGCUGGAAGAAUGAGGUCAGACGUGCUUCCAGGGAUGGCGGGCGAUGUCAAAUACCACCUUGGCCAUGACGGAGAGUGCGUCACUCCAGGAGGCCGUAAGGUGUCACUCUCCUUGCUGGCGAAUCCGUCUCAUCUCGAAGCCGUGGACCCGGUCGCCACAGGCAAGACGUACGCAAUUCAAGCCAUGGAGAAUGAUGUCGACAAGAAACGUGUCAUGUGUCUCGCUCUCCACGGUGACGCCGCAUUCGCUGGGCAGGGCGUUGUGUAUGAGACACUCGGUCUAUCUCGACUCCCGGCGUAUGAUGUCGGCGGCACCAUACGGCUCAUUGUCAACAACCAGAUCGGUUUCACCACGGAUGUUCACUGCUCACGCUCGACGUCCUAUGCCUCGGACAUUUCCAAGUUUGUCAACGCGCUAAUCUUCCACGUUAACGCAGACGACGUCGAGGCCGUUGCGUUCUUGGCUCAAGUUGCUGCCGACUGGCGAGCCGAGUUCCACACAGAUGUGGUAAUCGACCUGGUCUGCUACAGGAAGUUCGGGCACAAUGAACUCGACCAGCCCAGCUUCACCCAGCCGCUCAUGUACCAGAAGGUUACGGACCAGACGCCAUCACUCGAACAGUACAUUGAAAAGCUCGUGGGAGAGGGGACUUUCUCACGCGAGCUCAUUGAGGAUAAGCAAACCAAAGUCUGGGAUGGGCUGCAAGCAGAAUAUGAGACGAGCAAAAAUGUGAUUUCAGAGCGCCAUGAUCUCCCACAAGCAUGGAAAGAUUUAGAAUCUUCCCCCACCAAUGACCAAAGAACGGCAGUGGACGAAUCGGACUUGAGAACUGUCAUGACAAGCAUGACGACUAUUCCAGAUGGCUUCCAACCCCACAACGGUGUCUCCCGAGUGAUCGCGGCUCGUCAGAAAUCUUUCGAAAGCAAUACUGUCGACUGGUCUAUGGCGGAGGCUUUGGCAUUUGGUACGCUGUGUCUCGAAGGAAAUGCAGUUCGUGUCACUGGUCAAGAUGUUCAGCGAGGAACCUUCUCACAGCGCCACGCUGUUUGGCAUGAUCAACCUUCUGGGAACUCCUGGACUCCGUUGAAUCAUAUGAGCGACCAGCAAGCUCAACUGACGAUCGAGAACUCUCCUCUGAGCGAGUUUGGAGCUCUUGGGUUUGAUUACGGGAUGACACUUGCUGAUCCUCAAUCUCUGGUCAUGUGGGAAGCACAGUUCGGUGAUUUCGCCAACAACACACAAGUUAUGCUGGACAACUUCAUUGCUUCCGGAGAGAGCAAAUGGCUUGAUCGCUCUGGAGUUGUCCUAUCGCUGCCUCACGGCUAUGAUGGUCAGGGCGCGGAGCACUCGUCAGCGCGUCUGGAACGUUUCUUAAUGCUGGGCGAUGAUGACGGCCGCUCUUGGCCAUUGGACCUUGAAAGUACUGGGCGGAAUGCCAACAUUGAGAUUGUUUACAUGACUACCCCAGCCAAUUACUUCCACGUUCUUCGACGCCAGCUCAGGAGAGAUUACCGAAAGCCCUUGAUUGUUUUCUUUUCCAAGUCUCUGCUUCGCCAUCCAUUGGUUCGCUCGGAGGUUUCAGAGCUCACGGGUUCAUCCACCUUCAAACCCGUCCUCAGCGACCCGGACCACGACAUCACCAUCGACAAACCAGAGGCCAUUGCACGAGUCAUCUACUGCAGUGGGCAAGUAUACUUUGCUCUCAAGAAACGAAGAGAGGCUCUGGGCUUGAAGGACGUUGCCAUCACGCGAGUUGAGCAACUCCAUCCAUUUCCCUGGGCCGAGGUCAAGGAAAACCUUGAGUUGUAUCCCAACGCAAAGUCUGUUGUCUGGGCACAGGAGGAACACUACAACGGUGGCGCCUGGCACUAUAUGCGUGAUCGACUGGACACCGUUAUUCGUCAAUUGGAUCGCCAGGCUAUCACCAGCCUUCGAUAUGCUGGCCGUGGUCCGAGUGCUAGCACGGCGACUGGGUUGAAGAAGCUACAUGCGUCCGAAGAGGACGAGUUGUUAAACGAGGCGUUUGCCUCACUAUAA